AUGGUAAAAGACUGUGAAACAAUCUUCCUUGCAAUGCCAACAUGUAGUGAAGCUUCCUUGACUGUGUCCCCAGUUGAAGGAGUUGUUCAAGUAGGUGGAAUGCUUCACACUGCAUGUCUCCAUGGGCAUCUCCCAGUGGUGGAGCUGCUGGUGACCGAAUACCACUCUCCAGUUGACCUUCAUGAUCACUAUGACAACACUCCCUUGACCAUUGCGGCCAAAUAUGGACAUGCCAAAAUCGUGAAGUUUCUGAUAGAUCAAGGAGCAAAAGCAAAUGUAUGGCAUCGGAUGAGAAAGAUGGCAAUACAUGAAGCCUGUGAAAAUGGAAGGACUGAAGUGGUGAAAGUUUUACUGACAGCUUGGCCUAAACUUGUAGAUGUUAUUGGUCCAGCUCCCGACCUACGGUUCCCUAUACAUUAUGCAUGUGCAAGUAAGGAACCCCAGUUGGUGAAACUGCUUGUUGAGAAAGGUGCUGCUCCUAAAUGCGUGGAUUCUACCAAUAACACUGCAUUCCACACUGCUUGCUGUACGCCAGGGGGUCUGCGGGUUCUAAAAGAACUGAAACCAACUUUGCAGGAUUUAAAAUUACAGAACAAGUUCCUUGCCACAUGUCUUCAUCUUGCUUGUAAGUUUGAGGAGCCUGCCAUGGUUGAGUUUCUAAUCAAGAAUGGUGCAGACGUGAAUGCUUUGAACAACAAGCAGCAGACGCCACUACAUGUUGCGUGUGAGAGGAAUCAUGUUGCAAUUGCUAAAAAGCUCUUGAAGAAUGGAGCUGAUGUGUUUGCCUUGGACAUCAUGAGAAAACCCGCUCUGAAGCUAACAACACACAAAGACAAAGAGUUACAGAAGUUACUGAUUGAACAAAUGAUUGAGAGUGAUAAAGUAAAUCAGAAAUGAUUCACCAUCACGAUCAUGAUCACGAUUACGAUCAUGUGUGCUUCUCAUGCUUCUGAACCCAGGGCCGAUUCCCUACAUGGGUACAAUGUGUGAAGCCAAAUUCUGGUGUCUGCCCCACCCCCUCUGUGAACAAACAAAAUGUUCCAGGAGUUACUGAUAGCGGUGAUUCAUUUACACAGCAGCAAAUUAGGUAUAUAAGUCUAAGUACACAGUUUCAGAUCUUUUAGAUGACUGUCUCACUAGUUGUAUAAUUGGUUGCUGGACAUGAGUUAGUUAGUUAGUUAGUUAGUUAGUUAGUUAGUUAGUUAGUUACACACCACUUUUAGCAAUAUUCCUGCAAUAUCAUGGCUGCGAACACCAGAAAUGGGCUUCAUAAAUUGUACCCAUUUAGGGAAUCGAACCCAGGCCUUUGUCAUGACUAGUGACUAGCGCUUUAACCUUCAGGCUACCCCACCACCCAUCUAAGAAUUUUGAUGGUGUAUAUAUAUAGGAGUUACCGUAAGAGUGGCAUCAGCCUGAGGAUUAAUGAAUCCUUUUCCUAUGCCAGUACGUACAUGUAUUUAUAUACUCCCUAGUCAGCACUGUUGACAGAGGCAGAGGUAGCCUAGUGGUUAAAACGUUUGCUUGUCAUGUUCAUGACCCAAUUCAAUUCCCCAUUGAUCAGCAUCAGAGACUCUGAUUGGCUUGGAGUAUGGCAGGACAACAUUGGAAUCUGAGGAUUAUUUCAUGAUUGUAAACUAUACAUGGUAAUAGUCUGAGGGAACCUCAUCAGUAUUCAGUAUAUCCAGAUUCGAUUCCCCACAUGGGUACAAUGUGUGAAGCCCAUUUCUAGGGUGUCCCCGUGAUAUUGCUGAAAUAAACCAUAAUCACUCACUCGGUACAUCCAGAACAUCGUUAAUCCUGUUGUCAUGCCACAUUCUGGUAAUCAUGAACAUGCUCCUCGACAUGUGGUAAUGGAUGAUAACACUCUCGUGCUGUGACUUCAUUUCUGCAAGGACAUGCUACUGACUCUUUGCCUUGGCCUACCAGGUUUUGAAAAAUACCAUUGCCCGACGCCCGGGUCGAGUGGAAUUCUCCCGUCGGUCAAGUAAAUAUCCACAUUAAACUUUACCGUGGUACAGCAGUGGCAAACUACUGAAAUGUUUUGAUAUAUGUAUUUUGAUGAUGAAAUAGAAAUGCAAUUGCUAACAACUCAAAUUAUUAAUUGUAUUUAAGUGAAAUUAUCAUUUGGUCAAGUGGAUUUUGAAAGUUUACUGGACCAGUGUCUAGUGGAGUUUUGAACAAGUUUCCAACCCCUGCCUUCUAAAGCCAGAUUUGAAUCCAUUGGAACAUGUUUGGGGCAUUCUUUGAUGCGGGCAGCAGGCAGUGGAUCCACCAGUACAGAAUGCAUCGGCUCAUUUCCACUUACCCAACAUGCUGGGGGGGAUUAAAAGAGAUUAACAGUUACGGGUCAGUGAUUGUGCAGGGUGAAUUUGUUACCGUUGCUUUGGUUGUGAUACAAGUUCACCCAGCACUCCAAUCAUGGCCAAACGGAACAAUCUCAUGACCACCGGUGAACAUAUUUCACAAGAUAAACUAAGUGAACUAUAUUCAUAUCAUUUGUUAUAAACUGAAUUUUAAUUGAGUGAACUAUGCCAAUGACAAGUAUUAUAAAGUAUGGAGAUGUCCUUGUUUCUCCAUUGCACUAUGACAAACGUUCAAGUAAGCACUUGUUUCAUACCCAAUGUGAUGCGGCGGUCAGUACUUGGUCUACAGGGGCUGUAAGUUCAGUAUCAAGAACAGGAGGGUGGAGGGUAAUCAUAACCGUGAAGUGUGGAACCAUUUCAGAACGGAAUAUCCUAGGACAACAAAUCAUGUGGAGGGGUGGCAUCGUAAAGUGAGUGAUGUGUUUGCCGAAAGUCACCCCAACAUUUUUAAGAAGGAGCAAGCCUGGGUAGAGGCGUAUGUUCUACAGCAAAGAAACGGUGCCAGACCUUCACCUAGGAAGAGAAGAUAUGUUGACCUGAACCAUGCCUUGGAAAUGUACAAGAGAGAACUAAUAACUGGUGCCAGAACUGUCAUGUCAAACAUUGAAUCAGUAUCACAUUUAAUUGGAUAUAAGUGUGAAAGGUGUGCUACGAAAUAUUGAUGUAAUAUGUGAUAUGAUGUUGAUGUUGUAUUAAGUUGUAUAACUGGAUAACUUGUAUAACUGGAUAACUUGUAUGUGUGAUUAAUGAAUACAGACAUUGA